GGAAAAAAAAAAAAAUCCAUCAAAUCUCACAAAACCAUUUGCUUGUGAGAUCAUCGUCCUCCGUAUAAAAGGAGGAAGAGGAGGAAAUAAGAACACGAAGAACACGAAGACGAGGACGACGAGGAAGACGAAGGUCGGAUCCAUGACGAGCGCCUCUGAGCUUUUCUACAACUGGAGAUCUCGCGGGGGACGCAUCUCCGACCCGGAUCCGGGUCCAGAACCCUCGGCCCCCAGCCCCUUCCCCUCCGAUCGCGACGCCGAUCUCCGCCGCCUCCGCCUCCGCCGCCGCCGCCGCCUCCGCCGCCGCGACCUCGGCGGCCACCAGGCGCAGGCCCCGCCCCGCCGCCACCCGUGCCAUCAUCGCGCCUCCCAGAUCGAACUCGAAUCAAUUCAAUUGGACGCCAUUACUGCUAGUGAUUCUACUGGAGGAAAUGAUGGCAUUGAUGGAACUACAAGUGGGAUCGACAGGUUGCGAUUAAUCAGAAGUGAGAGACUUCCUGGUGCCGUGGUACAGGCACGAGAACGGCUUAUAGAAAGACUAAGGGGCAUUUCCCUCACAGAAAGCAGGCAAAACACUGCAGUUUCUGGUAUAUCAUGGGAUGAAUUCGCAAUCAGUGGUGUUUUUAGGGUUGUUAGCAUUGGAAAUCGAGAAACUGAGGCUCCAGCAGAGUGGUAUGAAUCUGGUUCGCCAUUUUCCAACUUCACUAUUGAAUCAGAGGAAGCCUUCUCUGUUCGCAAUUUUAACAACAGGAGACCCCCUGGACUAAGCAAGGAAGCUCUCAAUGCCCUAAAACAUGAAGUUUUUCGACAUGUAGAGGAGGAUGAUGAAUCCAUUAGGGCAUCACUGGAGUGUUCUAUAUGUCUGGAGAGAUUUAAAGAGGGCGUUGAGCUCAUGAGGCUGUGGUGUGGCCAUAGGUUUCAUCCAGAUUGUUUAGUGCCAUGGUUGCUCAAUUGCGGAGAUUGCCCAUACUGUCGAGCUGUCAUAUGACCGCCAUCAUGUGUACGCGACAGUUGUGGCAACUAAUUUCGAUCAUUUAAGUUCUUGUUUUAACAUACAUUGCAGUAAGUUGAUAUUCAACAUACCGGCGUGUUAAUGUACUAUGGUGUCUUUGUAGCAUAGAAUUGCAAUCUAACGAAAGGGAACCGGGAUCGUCGUGUUCAUCAUUACGGAAUAUGUAAUAUUGAACUUUUUGGCUGGUUUUGGCUUUAUGCUUGUGAGGAUUCUAUUUUAGUUUCAAGGGCAAGUUGGGUGUUCUUUUAGUUGUAUCACUUCUCUGAGAUGUACAAGAUACAGACUUAAAAAAACAAAAAAAAAAAACUAUAUGCUUUCCUGCUAUUAUCUGCAA